UUUCCUACAACAAACAUGGCAGCUAAAUCGGAUGGAGCAGCCGUGUCUGUGCGGAAUACCGACAACCUCGUAGCACCACCACCCCGAUCUAUUAUAGCAGACAAGCCCGACCAGGAUGCCUCUCCGUACCCCUAUGCCUCCAAGCCAUACUCGCUCCUGGACUGCUACUGGGUGAUGUGCGCCCUGUUUGUCUUCUUCUCAGACGUGGCCACCGACCUGUGGCUUGCCGCGGACUACUACCUGAGACGGGACUACUGGUGGUUCGGGCUGACGCUGGUCUUCGUGGUGGUUCCCUCCACCGUGGUUCAGGUGUUGAGUUUCAGAUGGUUUAUCUACGACUACACGGAUAACAGCGGUAGCAGCAGCGGUGCGGUAGGAGACGAGUUUAAUUUCAGCACCAAGGGCAGCGCCAACACCUAUGAAAAGCGCGGCGGUGACGGAUGCUCGUCGGCGAGGCUGGCUGGGACAGGGAGCGAGACUCGGAGAUGCUGCAGAGUGUGCGUGUGGUUUUUUCAGAGUACCCUUCACAUCCUCCAACUUGGCCAAGUCUGGAGGUAUGUCCACGCCCUCUACCUGGGCGCCCAGAGCCGUUGGCUCGGCAACCGCGGUCACUUCCACUGGAGGUUGAUGUUUGAGUGUGCUGACAUCACCAUGCUGAGGCUGCUGGAGGCCUUCCUGAAGAACGCUCCUCAGCUGGUGCUACAACUCAGCAUCAUUAUCCAUGCCAACCGGGUCCUGCCGCUGCAGGGUCUCUCUGCUUCAGCCUCCUUGGUCUCUCUGGCCUGGAUGAUAGCGUCCUACCAGAAGACUCUGAGGGACUCCAGAGAUGACAAGCUCCCGAUGUCCUACAAGGCUGUGAUUGUCCAGAUGCUGUGGCACCUCUUCACCAUCGGGGCCAGGACCAUCGCCUUCGCCCUGUUCGCCUCAGUGUUCCAGCUCUACUUCGGUAUCUUCAUCGUGAGCCACUGGUGCCUCAUGACGUUCUGGAUCAUCCAGGGGGAGACAGACUUCUGCAUGUCCAAGUGGGAGGAGAUCAUCUAUAACAUGGUAGUGGGCAUCGUCUAUAUCUUCUGCUGGUUCAACGUCAAGGAGGGCCGCGCCCGUUUCAGUAUGUGGCUCUAUUACUCGGUGACUCUGGUAGAGAACGUGUCUCUCACCGCGGCGUGGUAUCUUUACCGCGGGCCGAACACCUCGGACUUUUACGCCCUCGUCUUGGUGUGUGUGGUGGUUUGUAGCUACGCUCUGGGGAUCUUCUUCAUGUUGGGGUAUUAUUGUCUCCUGCACCCUGACGGGCCGGUGUCCGCGGCUCAGUGGGGGGUGUGUGUGGAGGACGGGGGGUUGAUGGUGGAGUCCUGUGUGACCCCAGCCGAUGCGUCCCCCCUCCCUCCUCCGGAUAUGCUCACCAGCCCCCCUAGGACCCUAAGUAGGACUGCAGGUGCGGACCGGGGCGAGGUGGUACCAGGAGAUCUAGUUGUGUUCCAGGUUAGAUCCACCUCUCCGGCCAUGGCCCUCCGGACCCUCAGGACAGAGCAGCCUGUGAUCAGGAUAGACUUGCCCAGAAAGAGGUACCCUGCCUGGGACGCUCACUUCAUCGACAGGCGGCUGCGGAAGACCAUCCUGGUUCUGGAGAACACGUCUCCGGUCACGCCCAGGAUCCAAUACCGCAGCCUGAGAAAUCCUAAGGAGGUUAUGGAGUAUGAGACUACCGUGUAAUGUAAUGUAGCUGCGCUUACCUCCACCACACCAGCAGGGGGCUCCACCAACCAGGUGCAGGGAGA